CUGCAACCUUUCCUCAUGGCCAACACCCGACUUUGCAACCAACAAACCAAUCCUUUGCGACCUCCUUCUCCUUUCAAGUUUAGCUUCUCUUGAAGGAGCGUCUAUUUAUUAUGGACUCGCUUUGGUCGCUAGGAACCUGAUCGGAGAGGUGGUUGCAAAGGCUUGGCCAGGCAGAGGGGUCGCUGAGCCGACAACUAACCCAGCUCUGGCUCUACGCUGGAUACAGAUUUCUUUCUUGACCUAACUGAUAGCUACAUCCCGCCAUCGCUUCGACAACACAGUAACAUAGUCAAGUUAGGGACAUUGACUCGUCGACAACUGUGGUCACACCUCAUCUACCGGACUGUCUGGGUAUGUUUUAUCGUCAAACUCGCGCCCCCUUCGUCCAUCAUGAUGACAAUAGUCUAUCCAUUCAACGAUAUUGUGCGACCGAGCCAUUCAUCCGCACUGUAGCGCCUUCGGGUGGGAUGAUCAGUUGUGGUGUUUUUCCUUCGGGGAUGUGAUUUGGCUUCCGUUGUUCGGGUCUGUCAUGCACCGUUAUGGUGUACGGCAGCUUGGGCCGGUCUGUACGGCUGAGUAAAAACGGCUUGCCUGAUACUGGACCCAACACAUCAACUUUCCAAAACAAUUCGUCCAUGACUAUUUGCUGACCGUCAGCAGCUUGACAGAAGACGUACCCUUCCAAGCGCGACCAUGUAGACCCGGACCAGGUGAGUUGAGUUGAUGCGUUGUAGGUAUCAUCCAGAUACAAUCUUGGAGCCCGAGGCUUUUUCUGCAAGAGAGGAUUUAGACACAUAGUAGAAGACUGCAAUACAAUUAUGUCCUCCACCUCAUUUCUGUCCUCUGUUCAUGUGUGUCUAUUUGAUGUAUAUGGGAUUUUUGCCAGUCUAUAGCAGCUGCAGAUGGCCGAGAUUCUGGUAAAUGAGAUGGCUACUUUAAUAUACGGUACCUUCCGAGACAAUCUCUGUGACCCAUCUGCGGCGCGGAAAUGCAAAACGACAUUGGUCAUAGGUACCCGCUUUUCGGCAGUCAGGCAGUGGACCCAGCAAAUGCGCCAGCCAGGAGUUGGACACUGCCAAGGCCUCCGGGGGUUCCCUUUUUCGAAAUCAGAAACGAAACGCCACGGGUUGCCGCUGCACCGUGAGGCUGAUGCGAGCGAACACCUUUUGCCAACCUGACCCAUCCAUCGCCAACACAAAGCCACCUCAGCGAGUCUUGUUCCUCGUGCCACGCCAUUGUCUAUUUUUUUCGUAUCCGUUGCAUACAACGGGCGAGCCAUGCGUUGACCGACGACCACAACGGAAUUCCAGACCGGUCCCCUCCUCUCCCCCCCGUUCACCGUCACCCCGUCACCCCGAAGAGAUAACGCUCAGGGGUUCAAGCUUAAGCUUUCCCACGUCCCAAGGUUGCGCGCGCAACGGAAGGGGGCGAGGAAACUAUCCCAUCGGUUUUUGGUAGUGACGCCUUCACACCCACUCCGGUGCACGCCACACAAAAACAAAUGCUGCCCUUCACAUCGUCGGGGUCCAAAGUGGUCCCCCGUCACCAUGUAAGCGGGUACUCUAACGGUUAUCCGCGAGGGAACACAUUUGAGAUUUCUCCCCACAGAUUCACACCACGAGGCACAACACCGAUAUCCCGAAGACGAAAACGCUUAUUCGUACGGCUCGGCAUCGUCGCGGCCAUCCUUUUCCUCUUCGGCCUGAUCACCUGGAACGGCGGCUCGGUCCUCUCGGUCCUCUCGCUCGGCCUGCUGUCGAGCAGCGACGACUUCCAGCUCGAGACGGUGCGAUACUAUGACCUGUCUAACGUCCAGGGCACCGCCAGGGGGUGGGAAAGGGAGGAGCGCAUCCUGCUCUGCGUGCCCCUGCGCGACGCCGAGUCGCACCUGGGCAUGUUCUUUUCACACCUGAGGAACUUUACGUACCCGCACAACCUGAUCGACCUGGCGUUUUUGGUGUCGGACUCCAAGGACAGGACGCUGGAGGUGCUGACGGAGAGCUUGGAGGCGAUCCAGAACGAUGUGGAUGACAAUCAGCACUUUGGGGAGAUUUCGAUUAUUGAGAAGGAUUUUGGACAGAUUGUGAAUCAGGAUGUGGAGAGCAGGCAUGGGUUUGCGGCUCAGGCGCCGAGACGGAAGUUGAUGGCAAGGGCGAGGAAUUGGUUGUUGAGUGCGGCGCUGAGGCCGUAUCAUUCUUGGGUGUAUUGGAGGGAUGUGGAUGUGGAGACGGCGCCGUUUACGAUUUUGGAGGAUUUGAUGAGGCAUAAUAAGGAUGUUAUUGUUCCUAAUGUCUGGAGACCUCUUCCCGACUGGCUUGGUGGAGAGCAGCCUUAUGAUCUUAACUCGUGGCAGGAGUCGGAAACCGCCCUUGCUCUUGCCGACACUCUUGACGAAGACGCUGUCAUUGUGGAGGGUUAUGCCGAGUACGCGACAUGGCGGCCUCAUCUGGCAUACCUGCGUGAUCCUUACGGCGACCCGGAUAUGGAGAUGGAGAUCGAUGGUGUUGGUGGCGUCAGCAUUCUGGCCAAGGCGAGAGUUUUCCGUUAUGGUGCUCACUUCCCGGCUUUCAGUUUUGAAAAGCAUGCCGAGACUGAAGGUUUCGGAAAGAUGGCCAAGAAGAUGCAAUUCUCGGUCGUGGGCUUGCCACACUACACUAUCUGGCAUUUGUACGAGCCUAGCGUUGACGAUAUCAAACACAUGGAGCAAAUGGAGAAAGAGAGGUUAGCGAAGGAAGCCGAAGAAAAGGAAAAGGCAGAGAAGUCCAAGAAGAUCAAGGAGGAGUUUGGUGAUACCACGGGUCAGUGGGAACAAGAUAAGACUAAGCUGCAGAACAUCGCGUUGCAAGAUAAGAAGGAGAAGGAGGCUCAGGCGGAGAAGAAGGCUGAGGCUCAGCCUGCUGCUCAAGCGCCAGCGCAAGGGCAACAGAAGGUUGAGGGGAAGCAGGAGGGUGCCAAGACGUGAUCACGAUAAUGGUUACGUCUGUGUAUCUAUCCCAUUCUUCUUCUUCUUCCACUUUUUGUUUACUAUUUCAUCCGGCUCUUUUAGAACUUUGGAGGCUGGAAGGGGGGGGAGGUGGGUGGGCGUUUUUGCAAAGCCAGACCGGGACGGAACACGGCAAGACAAAAAGGAACGACAUAAUAUCAUGUACACUAGGUGUCACUUUCUUGCAACAGGCCAGCAUUCAUGGCAAAGGCGUUUUUCAAGUUUCUUCUUCUUUUUGUUUAAGACUACCUAUGAUAAAGAUAAAUGAACUGACUGGGUCAUGUCAUCGACUUCUUUUUUGGUCCCCCUAUUCUGUUGUAAUGAAUGUGUCUCGGUGGCUUAUUCAGGUGGCAGUUGAGUGGUUGCCUGUAGCUGUGGGGCAAUGACCGCUAUUUAACCGAUUGUGGCCGCUGGAGUUGACCACCUAAACAAGGGGCUUGGCUUCGCUACCUGACAAUUCAUUGGCUUUCGCGGCUUUGAGCCUCAAGGUGUCCUAUCCACCCACCUCAGGGACCAGGAUUGUACCUACAGUUGACGACGAGGCGCAACCUACCCUCCGAGUGCCAGCCAGCAGCAAGUGACGACGCUGACGCUUCGAAUCAAACACAUCUCACCGAGACAGCUUCGCGACAUAAUUCUUGCUGACGCGGUUAACGGGUAUAGACCUUUUCUUUUGGGAGUUGCCUGGCAGUCACGGCGGAACAAACAGAUGGGGGGAAGUUGAUAGUGUGUCUGUCCUCUUCUCACGAACAAAUAUCGUCACAAGGGCAAUUGUUUGCCUUUCGAAGUCGCAACCCAACUACUCGACCCCUCGAUCGAACUCGAGCGAAACCCGACAAGUUAUAUAUCCAACCACCCCACGUCGAAGGGCGAUUCCUUUCUCCCAACAACCGAGGGCGACAAGUUAGAAGCGCAAACUAAACCAACAGCAUGGGCAACGAUGCCCUUCCCGCACCACCCAACAUGGUCACCGUCAACAUCAACAACAACAUAACAGCCCCCUCUGCCCCAGGAACCCCUCUCCCUCGGAACAGCACCACCGUCACAACAACCAGAGGAGGGGGCCCGAUCGUCUCCUCUCGAAUGCAGUACCGCUCUCGCCCUGUUUCCGUGGCCGUCGACCCAGUCUCGCUGGUGAUAUCCGAGUGCAUAGCAAUCACGUCGGCCAUCCAGAAGCACGCCCGCUCCCCGCACUCGUCCGUGUCGGCCAUUCUAGGAGGGAGCCCCAACCUCAUCCAGCUCGUCCCCCCGCCGUCUCCCUCGUCCAGAGCGAGAAGCAAGUCCACCGCUGGCCAGCAGCAGCAACAGCAAGACGCGAACGAGCUGGCAACAAACAGAUGGGGUCUGAGAGGGAAAAAAGGAAAGUCAUUGGCGGACAACCCCCUCAUUUCGGGUUUCGGACGGCUUCGUCAGGAGCUGGCGGGGGUGAAGGACAUUCACCGGUUUGAUUCCCUCGUGCUGCUGUAUCCCUUCUUGCAGAUUAUACAGACCAAGGGGACGGCGGCGCCGGUGACUGUGCUGGCGCUGAGGGCUAUUCAAAAGUUUUUGGCGUAUGGGUUUGUCGCGCCGGUGAGCCCGAGAUUCGCGCUUGCGAUGCAGAGCUUGAGCGCGGCGAUUACGCAUUGUCAGUUUGAUAUUAGUGAUCCGGCGCAGGAGGAAGUGGUGCUGUUGAUGAUUUUGCAUUUGAUGGAGGAUAUGCUUAGUGGGCCGGGGGGGGAUAUUUUGAGUGAUGAGAGUGUUUGUGAUAUGAUGGGGAGGGGGUUGACGAUUUGCAGCCGGCCGAGGUUUUCCGAGGUGCUGAGACGGACGGCGGAGGCGAGUAUGGUGAGGAUGGUGCAGAUUAUUUUUGAGGAUUUGAAGCAUUUGGAGGUUGAAGCG